AUGAGGCGCUCGUCCACACGGGUCGGGAACGUACAGUUGUGGGUCCAGUCAAGACACUUGCAAAUGGCUGUUGGACCCACAAACAUCGGCUUCGGCGCGACCGCCCGGAUGACGAGAACGCAACAUCCAUCAAUCCAAUCGUUAACUCGACUCCUUCUUUCUAAAGUCCCCUUCUCGCGAUAUUCGUGA